CCCAAUUUUCUAAAUAUUCUGCCAAGUAGUGACGAAGGUGACGAAGGCGACAAUGUGUGACGAAGUGUCACGCUCGCCCUCCCAAAGUACCACCAAGGCCAGACUAGCAAUGCACUCGUGUAGACCUUCCUCUCCUCAUGUGCGGUGAAUAUUGUCAUGCCAAGACCAAUGUUUGCCUUGUCGACCGUUCUCAGAACGAUAUACUUCUGUUCGUUCAAGAAGACAAACGUAUCGAUGGCCAGCUUCCUCAAGCUGAAGCUCAGCUUGUCGCGGAGGCUGUAGCUGCCUUUUCGCAGAACAAUCAAACCAGAAGGGAUAUUGGGAUGCCUCCGUUGGACGAGAAGAUCAUUCCUGGAAUCGUGGGUACGAUACCCACUUUCUACAAGAUCCCUGUCUCCAAAAGCUUCCUAUAUCAUAUCUGCCCUGGAGCCUAUCCUCCAGAGGUCACGCAGGUUACUUGUUGCCUUGUCCCUCUCCCACGUCCUGCACGCAGAUAUAGUGAGGGCAUGAAGCCGUUGGACAACAGAAAGGAAAUUUAUAGAUUCUAUGAAGCUUUCAAGGCGAUCAUUGGAAUAUGACUUGGGAAUCGGGAUUCCUAUUUUGCAGGAGACACAGCCAUGUGAUGUUAUCCCGAGUACAACCAGGGCUGCGCUCCCUUUCUGUACCACAAUCCACGACGCCGACGGUCGACGAGGUAAUGCCGUCUACUCCACACAGUAUCAAUGACGACGUACUUGGUGUUAUCUGCGCCAUGCUUGACAAGGAUGAAGUACGUGG